AUGCCUCGUCGUCUUGUUCCUUCUCAUAUUGCUUAUCCACCUUAUGCAUUUCAAGGCACUUCUUCUCAUUGGGGACCUGAUGUUGCCAUGAUCCAGACUGAUCAAGAACACCAAAAGAUGUAUGCAGCAUGUCAAUUAGCCAAAAAGAUCUUACAACUUGGUUCUACCAUGUGUCAAGUAGGCAUCACAACCAAUACGAUCGAUCGUGUUCUUCAUCAGGCUAUAGUAGAUCAUGGUGCUUAUCCUUCACCACUCAACUACAUGGGGUUCCCCAAGAGUGUAUGCACUUCUAUCAAUAACGUGAUUGCCCAUGGUAUUCCUGAUGAUAGACCAUUAAAAGAAGGUGAUUUGAUUAACAUUGAUGUGACGGUUUAUUUGGAUGGCUAUCAUGGCGAUACAUCAGCUACUUUUCUAGUAGGACAAGUGGAUGAGAAAGGAAAGGCAUUGGUAGCAUGUACAAAAGAGGCACUAGAUAAAGCCAUUGCUAUUUGUGGACCUGGUGUUCCCUAUAAAGAGAUUGGCAGAGUGAUUUGUGAACAUGCUUCUAAGCAUGGAUUUACUGUAUCUGAUGAAUUAUCAGGACAUGGUAUUGGUAAAGAAUUCCAUAGUUUACCCUUGAUCUAUCAUCAUGUAGUCAAUGAUGAACAAGGCAGUAUGGUAUCAGGCACUACAUUUACUAUUGAACCUAUUCUAUGCCAAGGAUCAGCAACAGGUAUUAUGUGGCCAGAUCAAUGGACCAUUUCAACAGUCGACGGAGGCAGAAGUGCACAAUUUGAACAUACAUUAUUAGUGGAUGAUGAUGGAGUACAGAUAUUGACUGAAUAA